AUCAGAUUCCAUUCGAUAAACCUCCCUUAUCCGCAGGCCGGGGUUUUUAGACCAGUGGGUUCGACGCUCUCUAUGCGCCAUCUUUUCAAAUCUGCGCCCUUUUUUUUUUCUUCAUAGAACCAGAGAAAAAUCGUUUGAAAAACCCAUCAUCGUCCUCACCAAAUCCACCACCCAGCCUCCCAAAAACACAUGGCUGGGAUCGCCACAUUAAAACCCUCUACCUUCCAUUGCUUCCGUCUAUCAUCGUCACCGCCGCCGUCAUCAUCUUCACCGUCACCGUCGUCUCUCUCAUUUGCUUCCACGCCCUUAGUUCUCCCCAUCCGUGUUUUAACUGGAACUCGCCGCAGUCCGAAAUUCCCAAAGAUAUUGGCAUUUACUAGCAACGACAUUAAGGUGGGUGCCAACAUUGAAGUAGAUGGAGCUCCUUGGAAAGUUAUGGAGUUUCUUCAUGUGAAACCUGGUAAAGGAGCUGCAUUUGUGAGAACUACGUUGCGAAACUAUGUGACAGGAAACACAGUUGAAAAAACCUUUCGUGCUGGAGCUAAGGUUGAACAGGCUGAUAUAUUCAAGGAAACGAAGCAAUACACAUACAAAGAUGGUGGUCAGUUUGUUUUUAUGGACCUGACCAACUAUGAGGAAUUCCGUCUUGAUGAGUCAUAUGUUGGAGAUAAGGCGAAGUGGAUGAAAGAAGGCAUGGACUGCAAUUUGCUAUUCUGGAAUGGGAAAGCACUAUGUACGGUUAAAAUGGUGUUUCAUGGACUGGUUUUUAGUGGCCACAGCUCUGGUUAUGUUGCAUAUAAAGGCAGGGUUUUAUGGAAUGAUUAAGUUUAUGACUAAUUAAUUAUACAACACCACUUCAGGUUUUUGACUCAGACAUCUCAGGUUUUUGGAAUAACAGUUUUCUCUGUCGGAUAUCUGUUGGAGCAUGUCAUUCGUUCAUUCUACAUAUUUACCUCAAAAACUUGGAAUUUCUCUCUCUCUCUCUCUCUCUCUCUCUCUCUCUCUCUCUCCCCCAACCUCUAAUCAAUCUCCCUCUGUCAUCGCCCACCACUUUUGUGCACCAAUUAUCGAGGCAAACACCCUUCUUUCCAUCUUUGAAUUACGACACAAUCAAGGGCAGACCUAUCAAGGUUCCAGUGGGCAAAUAGCCCCCUGAUUUUUAGAAAUUUUACCCACAGCUAUAAUUUUUUCAAAAUUCCCCUACUAAGAAUUUCCAAAAAUGUACUGAUUUUGCUAUAGCUCUAAUUGUUCUUUUUCAAGUUGCCCCUGCCCCUUGAUUUUUCUUUUCCUACCAAACCCUAGAAUAUAUGUGGUGAUCUAAUUUUCUUAAGAUCUUCCUUCGGCUUGAACUCUUUAAGCUCUUCUCGCUAUUCCUCUUUGGUGACCACUGACCACUCAUUAGUCAUUACCUCUAUCCUCAACUACCGUAGGUUUACAGCUAGUGAGCGUAAGGUUUUAGUAACAUUUGUCCCACUUGACAAAAAUCAGUGAGUACAACAAUCAAUCAAAAAAAAAAAACCGUGUCUUUAUAGAG